AUGGAGUCCCAGAUUUGUUCGAACGAUUCAACGAGCGAUAUGGGGAGCGCAAAUACAUUGUUGCUAUCCGAUAUAUAUCCCGUGCUUCAGGUCUUUGCAUCGUCAAUGGGAAAAUUGCGCUUUGAUGCCGCUCGAGAACGGAUUGAAACAUUCAGAGGAAAGCGAAAUUGUACUUCUUCGAAUAGUGAAGAUUCUACUUGUCAUUUUCUUUUGCAAACAGCCAUACAGAUAUCUAUUCUCGAACGCACCUAUUUCACAUUAAAUUUUAUGCUUCCUAGGGCAUUUUAUCGCAAGGAUAACACGACAUUAUCUUCAUAUGCUUGUCUAAAAAGUGACCUUUGUCGCCAGAUUGAUAGCAAUAUCAAUUGUUUAAUCUGGCCUGCAGAAGAUAUUUGCCAACGUUUUGUACAAAUCAUUAAUGCCAGAAUUUCUUUGAUGAAUAUGUAUGAUGGUCUUACGGUUCAAAGCCUAACUUCUCCAAAUGAAUUAGUUAAUCUUGUUCAACUAUUGUCUUCCAUUAUGCAGUCGUUUUUACCGAUUCAAAAACAGGAAUGCCUUUUCCUACUAAUUGAUAACAUUAUUUGUGAAGUUGGGAUUGUACAGUUGCUGUUUGAAACACAAAUAGCUCUAAUUAAUUGCGAAUAUCUUUUGUCGUUGCUUCAUUUGAAAAGUGUCAAUGCGAAAGUGCGUCAAUGGUUCCUUGCACUGGAUUAUAGCAAGUCUCGUUCCAAAUCGACGUCUUUCUUUAAAUUACCAUCUUCUAUACGACCAUCAUCGACAUUACACCUCUGCGAGUGGAUUGAAAAGUUUUAUUUUCUUUUAUUAUCGAAAUAUUCAUUAUAUUUUCGCAGUGUUCUUUCACCACACUGUAAACAACUUGAAGUGGAUACGGCAUUUACCGCCUUGAAGGAACCGAAUUUUGUACAGGCUUUUAUGAACUUUCUUCGUAGAUCCAGCCCUUUAUUUAUAUCACUGAUUGUUUAUCGAACAUCUACGGAUCUCUGUUCUUCAUCGAAUGUAUUAUUAGCCGAAAACGAUGAUAGUGAAGAAUGCGGAGAACUUAAAAAAAAAUUUAUAUUACUGGUAAUAUUCGGUGAACGUAAAAUUUUCUAUUCAUUUCUUCCGUCGAUUUCCAUUCUUAUUCAGCAGUGCGCAGAAUCAAAAUUAGAAAGCGAUAAAAUUAAGUAUUGCUUCGACCACCUUCUUUGCAGGAGUAUUUUUGUGACUCUUAUUGAACACAAUAUUUUUAUGGCAAUCACGUUCGCGAAAAAAGUCAGUGAAAAAGAUAAUGCUGUUAUUCAUUUCAUUGCCGAAAACAGUGCUUUGUUAAGAUGUGGCAAAAUUUGUCAAUUACUCCGAGGUGGAAGUAAAUGA